AUGGGAGGCCUUAUGAAUGCCGUGCAUUAUGCGACAUCGGAUCUCAGAACUCCGGGGCAGAUCCGAGUAGAAGGUAUAGGCACCAAUGCAGCCACGUACACAAAGGGUUCCACAACUGUGCGAUUGAGAUCCCUCGUUGACGAGACUUUCUCGAUGCAAUUUGAAGUCUACAUCCUACCAACGAUUACGACUAUGACACCAAUCUGCAAGGUCGACUCCUCCCCCUGGGAUCACCUUUCUGGACUCCAGCUUGCCGAUCCAACAUUUGGUACUUCUGCCAAAAUUGAUCUACUUAUUGGCGCAGAUAUUUGGCCCGCUUUAAUUGCCGAUGGGAUUGCUGCGGGACUCCAUGACGAACCGUGCGCGCUCUGUACCCGCCUCGGUUGGGUUGUGUUUGGCCCUGUGAUGGUCAAUACUCCAAAUCAUUUGACGCAUACUCUAACUGUCAGUAAAUGUAUAGGCGAUCAGCAACUGGAUAAACUACUGCAGAGGUUCUGGCAGGUUGAGGACAAUGGUCCUGCCGACGAACUCUCGGUAGACUCUUGUGAACGGAUUUUCAUUGACACUGUACGUCGCACGGCGAGUGGACGCUAUAGUGUACAAAUACCGUUUCUUCCGAAUGCUCCAGUGUUAGGAGAUUCAUAUCAAGCAGCGCGCCGUCAGUUUUUUCAUCUUGAGCGAAAAUUAGCUGGUGACCCUGAACUUCGCGACAAAUACAUCACGUUUAUGCAAGAGUACAUAGCACUCGGUCAUAUGCAUCCCGUGGAAGACGAUUGCUUCGACCCGACGCAAUGCUAUUACAUACCCCAUCAUGCGGUGACAGGGAAAUUUCGUGUGGUAUUCAACGCGUCAACCACGAGUGGAGUGUCAUUGAACGACACUCAGUUUUCGGGACCACAGCUGCAAGACAAUUUGAUUGAUAUUCUUCAUCGGUUUCGACGUUAUCGAAUAGCUAUAACAGUCGAUGUCAAGAAGAUGUUUCGACAGGUUGAGAUCAACCCCUUGCAUCGUAAAUGGCAACGCAUCUUGUGGCGGGAGUCACCAGUCGAACCACUACGUAGCUUCGAGUUGGCAACAGUAACGUAUGGAAUGACAAGCAGUCCAUACAAUGCGAUCCGCUCCUUACGCCAAUGUGCUGUAGAUAACUACAACAUUGUGGAGGACGAAAACCGGGCUUCUAGAGCAAGAAACAGAUGGAUUUUACGUCGACGACUAUUAUAUUUGGAAAGUUUUGACUCUCUGUUGGAAGCUGUUAGUUGUGCUCAUGAUGUCAAUACGAUCCUUCGUCAAGGUCACUUCAUUCUUGACAAAUGGAAUUCGAACUGCACCAAAGCACUUCAUGCUAUCACCGAUCCAGAGAAAUCUGAAGUAGAAAUUGAAUUAUGCGAUUCCAACGCCACUGUGUUAGACUUACAUUGGAAUCCGUUGAGCGAUGAGCUGUUUUUUAAGGUGAGAAUUGAGGACUCACAUACACUACCAAAAAAGCGUAGUAUCUUAUCGCCAGCUGUAGUUCUGGCCAAAAUGUUCAUUCAAACCCUGUGGAGGAAGGAUCUUAACUGGGACACUCCCCUACCUGUAGAAUUACAAGACCAGUGGCUCGAAUUUCGAAAUGGCCUUGAGGAACUAACGCGAAUCCGUGUACCGCGUUGGUUUGGCAUGUCACCUCAUGCAUUUUGUACACUUCAUGGCUUCUGUGACGCUAGUUCGAAGGCGUAUGCUGCGGUUAUCUACGUGAAUAGUGGCGCACAAGGAGAUUAUUCCAAUAUGACACUUGUUACUGCAAAAACCAAGGUGGCACCUGUGCAAGAGAUUACUAUACCACGCUUGGAACUUUGUGCUGCCCACCUGCUGGUAUUCACUCUACGUCAUGUGCAAAAGGCGCUCCGUUUAGACAACGUCCCUUACACACUCUGGAGUGAUUCAACUAUCGUUUUACAUUGGAUUCAUAAACAACCUUCAGUUUUGAAACAGUUCGUCGGUAAUCGAGUUGCAUACAUCCAGGCCCACACCAAGGUAGAAUGUUGGCGACACAUUCGCUCCGAGUACAAUCCGGCCGAUUGUGCAAGUCGAGGAAUUACGCCUGCAAGCCUUCUGCAUCAUCCGCUAUGGUGGACAGGUCCACCUUCUCGUUAUAUAUGCAUCGAAAACGAUCCAGUUGUGCCAGAACUAACGGAGGAGCAACUCCAGGCACAGACCCUAGAAUGUCAACCUUUUCGUACUCUUAUAACCACUCGCCAGGAUGAUCACCAAUGUCUUAUGACUUCCUCGAAUGGUCACCGAAUUCCUCUCAUUGAGAAAUUUAGCAUACUUAGUCGUGUUCUCAAUACAACAGCGCGAUUAAGACGUUUUCUGCCACGUUACAAGGGUCAGAGGUCGAAUAUUGUGACAGCAGAAGAAUACGAAUGGGCUCUGCUCCUAACUGUUAAACAAGCUCAAGGUUAG